AUGCCCGAGGUGGACGCCAAAGUUCGUGAGCAGAUCGCUGCAGUUCAGGUUCUCGAAUGGCUGCCUGAGUGGCUGUCAUCAGGAUGCGCCCGACUUGCCGAAGUUUUGGCACCGGAGCCUGCGAAGAACAUCGACACCAAGCAGCACAGUCUGGAGGAAGCGGCAGCCUUGCACCCCGCGGCACAGGAGAACAUGAAGCUCCUCCUCCGCCCGAGCAACUCUCAGUUGUGCCGGCGGCGUCGGACUCUGGGAAGGAAUGAGUGGCCCUUUCUCAUUCAUCGGAGAGGGGGGCUCUUUAUCUUCAUUGUUCGGCACACCGGCGACCGAGGUGGACGGACAAUCGGCAGGCAAUCAAGAUUCAACUUCGCAGCCCUCCUUCGAGCAGAUCAUGCAAGACAUCUGCCGGGAGGU